UACUUGACAAAUUUACAACAAUCGCAAAACAGUUAGAAACGCAGGCGACAGUGCUCUAAACUUAUUUUGAACUUCUAAAUUCUGGUUAUCCAACUAAAUUGAAGGCAAGAUGGCUGCACGUGAUGCUGCUUCGAAUCAGUUGAUCGACUACAAGAACACCCAGACGGUCUCGCCAGGAUCAAUCACUACUGGACAUGGCUCACCGAUUGGCAUCAAGGAUGCGACCCAGACUGUGGGUCCCCGCGGUCCCGUGCUUCUGCAGGACGUGAACUUCCUGGAUGAGAUGUCGCAUUUUGAUCGCGAACGCAUCCCCGAGCGCGUGGUCCACGCCAAGGGAGCAGGAGCAUUUGGCUACUUCGAGGUGACUCACGACAUCUCCAAGUACUGUGCCGCCAAGAUGUUCGACAAGGUGAAGAAGCGCACUCCUCUGGCCAUUCGCUUCUCGACGGUGGGUGGCGAGAGCGGGUCGGCCGAUACGGCCCGUGAUCCGCGCGGAUUCGCCGUCAAGUUCUACACGGAGGAUGGUGUCUGGGAUUUGGUUGGCAACAACACCCCGAUUUUCUUCAUUCGCGACCCGAUCCUGUUCCCCAGCUUCAUCCACACCCAGAAGCGCAAUCCGCAGACGCACCUGAAGGAUCCCGAUAUGUUCUGGGACUUCCUCACCCUGCGCCCUGAGUCCACGCACCAGGUGUGCUUCCUGUUUGGCGAUCGUGGCACUCCCGACGGCUACUGCCACAUGAAUGGCUACGGAUCGCACACGUUCAAGCUGGUGAACGCCAAGGGCGAACCGAUCUACGCCAAGUUCCACAUGAAGACGGAUCAGGGCAUCAAGAAUCUGGAUGUGAAGGCCGCCGAUGAGCUGGCCUCCAGCGAUCCGGACUACAGCAUUCGGGACCUGUACAAUCGUAUCAAAACCUGCAAGUUCCCCAGCUGGACCAUGUACAUCCAGGUGAUGACCUUCGAGGAGGCCAAGAAGUUUAAGUACAAUCCGUUCGACGUGACCAAGGUCUGGUCGCACAAGGAGUUCCCUCUCAUUCCCGUGGGCAAGCUGGUGCUCGACCGCAAUCCCAAGAAUUACUUUGCCGAAGUGGAGCAGAUUGCCUUCAGCCCCGCCCACUUGGUGCCCGGCAUUGAGCCAUCGCCAGACAAGAUGCUGCAGGGUCGUCUCUUCUCCUACUCGGACACGCACCGCCAUCGCCUGGGACCGAACUACUUGCAGAUCCCCGUGAACUGCCCCUACCGCGUGAAGGUGAACAAUUUCCAGCGCGAUGGGCAGAUGAACGUGACGGACAACCAGGAUGGUGCCCCCAACUAUUUCCCCAACUCAUUUAACGGACCUCAGGAGUGUCCCCGGGCCCGUGCUCUGUCCACUAGCUGUCCGGUCACUGGAGACGUCUAUCGUUACAGCAGCGGCGACACCGAGGACAACUUUGGCCAGGCCACCGACUUCUGGGUGCACACGCUGGACAACUGCGCCAGGAAGCGUCUGGUGGCGAACAUUGCCGGCCAUCUGAGCAACGCCAGCCAGUUCCUGCAGGAGCGAGCCGUCAAGAACUUCACCCAGGUCCACGCCGAUUUUGGUCGCAUGCUGACGGAGGCCCUCAACCUGGCCAAGUCCUCAAAGUUCUAGGCACCACUCGCAGUGCGAUUUGGUUCUUGGCCUUAGUUACGGUUUAUAUUGCUGUUGGCAUCCCAUGCCCACCCUCACCCCAUUCUAACACGACCUUCUACCACUCUCAAUUUGACUAACAAGAACGGAAGGCUUCUUGGCUUCUUGGUUGCGGGCAUUAUUCUGUUAUCUGAUCUGUCUUGUUUUGAUAUUUAAAUUUGUCGUAGUUUUACACGAACACACAUUUAUAUGAUGCAUUGGAUAUACACACACAUGUAAUAAAUUCUUUAUACUUUGAUACAAAAA